AUGCCAAAACGUAAAACUAAAGAUAAGAUUGAAUAUUAUAAAAGCAAAUUACGAAAGUUGGAAAACAAAAGCCGUCGUCGGAUAAGACGCCUAUCGCCUUCAUCGGAUUCGGAACAAGAAACAAGAGAUACAAAUUCAAUUGGAAUUGGGGAUCCCGUAACUAUGAGCUCGGUUAUUGACGCCGAGCCUGGGACAUCAAUGGAAGCACCAAAUGAAGGGGUUACUGGUCCUGAAGUCUGUAUGAAUUCACCGGGCGAUAACAAUGUGGCGAAUUCUUCAACUGUUCCCGUUUUGGAUCCAAGUAUUUUGGCAGCAUUAGGGGAAAUCACGGACGAAACCCCAGAGUUUGGUGAGAAAAUUCACGAAAACCUCGUACAAAUAUGGUCACCUUUGUCAAAACAAGGUAUGUCGAAAGAUAACAGGGAGGUACUCUUGAAAAACUAUUUAAUCCCAGAGAAUUGUACUUGGCUUCAAGCGCCAAUACUUAAUCCAGAGAUUUCUGCAGCUAUACCCGAAUCAGGUAGAGCUCGGGAUAAGAAAAUGGCCGCUACCCAACGACAAUUGGGCGUGGGUAUUACUGCAAUUAACCGAGGUUUGCAUUUGCUUAUUCACGAUGGAAGCAAAAUUGAGGCUAUAAAAUUUAUAAGUGACGGAUGUAGAAUUUUAUCUGAUUUACAUCAUCAAAAUACUGAGACAAGAAUCAAAUUUAUACUCCCUGGCCUCGAUAAAUCUUUUUUACAAUUUUUAGAACGCACCGAACGCGACAAUACGCUGUUCGGUAGCGAUCUCUCAGAAAAAAUAAAAGCCUCUAAGACUAUUGUCAAACAAGGUGAGCUGAUUAAGAAAGCUUUGCCUCCGCCAAAGCCUUCCACUUCCAAUAAUUCUAGAGCGCAACCAAACGCUAACCGGUCCAGCUACCAGGGAAACUGGCAGGGACCUCCUCGUUCCCAGCCGAACAGAGGAGGGGGGCGAGGAGGUCACAAGCGGACCAGCUACCGCAUUCCAACUUCUACCAGCCAGUCGAAGACCAGUCACACUUACAAGCCGCGUGAACUAUCACCAUCCUCUACACAGCCAUCUUAUGCUGGCUGCGGCGAUACUCUCCGAGAAGCCUUCCUUCGGCGUAACAUCCCAGUCCAAGCUAUAGAUCUCAUGUUGGCGUCACUUUCUGAUAAUACCAAGAAACAAUACAGUGUAUCAUAUAAACUCUGGUGGCAGUUUUGUAAAACAAAUAACAUGAAUAUUUUUGACAGUACGGUAGCAAAGAUAAUAUCAUUUUUAACUGAAGAAUUCAAUAAAGGUGCCUCGUACGGUUCACUAAAUUCUCAUAGAUCUGCGCUCUCUUUACUUCUGGGCAAUAAUAUUGGGUCCGAUGAAUGCAUUAAGCGAUUGCUAAAAGGAGCCUACAAACUCAAGCCAAGUAGACCAAAAUACACUCACACUUGGGACCCACAGAUAGUACUCAAUCAUAUCUCUAAUUGGUACCCAAAUAGAGAU